UAUAUAGCACAUUCUCAUAUAAGCCCGAUGGGGUCAUCCGUAGUUAUAUAGAAAACCGUCAAAAGUGCCGGCUGUGGUUUCGCUUAAUAUUUUUGUUGGUUUGCAAAAAAAAAAAAAAAAAGAAGGCGAUUGCAGAAGAGAGAAAAUUAGGAGGGGGAAAGGUUAUACGCAACGCCAACGCAACGAACAAAGGCCUAAUUGAAUCGAACAUUGAUGCUCUCCCUUCCCUUUAUUCUAGCUCCAAUUCGUAUCUUGUUCUGCAAAUUCUCAAAAUUUAAAGAAUUUUUGAGAUCCAAACCCAAACAAAGCAUAAAGCCGAAAGGCAGGGAAAGAAGAAGGGAAGUGAUGAUAACGCGAUCGAAUUUAGCAGAGCAGUUGAGAGAGUAUCAGAUUCGAUCUAAGCACGAUUGGGCCUCCGUUUCGUUUUUCUCAUCAACGUCUAAUCUUACAUCUUCUAGGUGGUCAAAGAAAGAGAACUUGACUCUGGAGUUAGUCCUUACGAUGUGCAUUAGCCCUCAGAAAGUAAAGAAAAAGGAUGCUUUGAAAUUGUUGAUUCAUCUUAAUUUUCAUCAGAAAUAGAAAAUUAGGUGGCUUAAACAACAUGCCUGUGGCGGCGAGGGUUGUUUUGUGUAGUUGAUUUGUGGGAGUUUGUUGUAUCACAUUUUGUUAAUUCUGUACCAACAAUUAUAUUCUGUUGUUAAUACUUGUUAUACUGCUAUUAUCAACUCUUGCUUUUUCUACUUGUCUUGUUUUCUAUAUUGUAUAUUUUCAAUUGACUGAAUUGUGUGGUUGGUUUAAAACUAACUGUUUGAUUGUAGGAGUAUACAUGUGUGCUUCAAUCUUGCCAUUCACUUAGCUGUUAUGAUUGUGUGUCGUUUGUAUCUCAAAGUUUUUCCAUAGCUUUUAUGAAGUAUCUACAAGACCAGAAUGCUUGCUAACUCCACUGGCAAUUGGUGCUUUAUAUAAUUGUUUGGAUAUGUUCAGGUUAUGGGGGGCUAGGCUAGGAGUCCAUAUUAUUCAGAUGCUUGCUCAAAUUAGGAAUUCUUGGUGCUAGAAAUUGAAAAUAAAUAUCUGGUAGCCUUGGAUCUGUGCUUUGCAACAUGUGUGCAUUUGAGAUUUUUGUGUUAUUGAUGGAUGGAAAAUAUUCAUUGCUUUGAUAUGUUUGUACUUUGUCCUAGUUUUGACAUGUUUGUAAGGUUAUGAUUGAGAUUAAUAAAUUGUAUG